AUGUUUAUUUAUUAUUGCAGUCAAUCUUAUCAUUGUUAAGAGAUCCCUUAUAUUUAACAAUACAUAAAAGCUCUAUAUUAAGAGCAACUCCGAGAUUAGGAUUUACUGCUUUAAUCUAUAUACCAAUAUAAUAUUUAUGAAUUAAAAAACAACAAAAAUUAUUUCAUUUUUUUCAAUAGUUAAGUAUUUAACUUGCUGAUAACUUCAAUAACAUAAGCAGUAUAUUAAUUAUCUAUAAAAAAUAGAUUUUUACAGUAUCCUUAUUUUGUAAUAGUUCAUUCAUUAUUAUUCUAUUGUGGAAUUAAAAUAAUAACUAAAUAAAAUUGCCAUAUGCUAGAAUAUUUAGGAUUUUUUGUUGCUUUAGUUUUAUUAAUGGUUAUUUUUACAAACCAUAGUUAUACAUUUUAUUCUAAAUAAGAUGUUUCUAUUUUAGAAAAAAUAAUAUAUGGAGAUUUUACAGCACUUUUUAGAGGUGGUGUUUCUACUCUAUAUUAGUAAUAAUUUAUCAUAAAAUCAGUGCAAAAUUCUAUUCUAAAAUUAUUAAUUGUUGUCCAACAUUUUCAUUAUUUGCAAUAAUCAGGGGUAAUAUUGAUAAUUAUGACUUUUACAAUUGA